CGUAGAUUUAGUCUUUAUGACUCACAAAAGGUAUAUAUAAGGCUGUAAAGUAUCAGUGUCCUCUCGAGCUUCCUUUCAUUCCAAGCAAAGACCAACCCACCACCAUUGCGAGCAUCUUGCCCUCAAAAUAUAGAUCUUCUGCAACACCUCUACUCCUUAGAGUCCAUAUCAACAAUCAAAAUGCCGGGUGGAUUUCCAAACUUUCGUUCCCUGCCUGACUUUGAUCAGAAGGCCCUAGCGAUCAGUAAUCGGAACACCCCGAAAGCAGAGUUUGAAAGCUCAGCGUCAUCUUUCCACAGCGAUACCGAGACAUUGAAACAUAACCCGCAAGAGAGAUCAUUAAUGCGAGCAAUUAAAGAUGCCAUGAAACAUAUUGCGCCGAAGCAGUCACCGUGAUGGUGUAUUCGUUUUCAUUUCAUCGUUUCUGGUCUGAAUUAUAAUGAUGGUACAAAAUUGGAAAUUGGUAGAGGGCAUUUCCGGCAUAUUUCAUGGAGUCUCGCGGGUUAGACAGUUUUCUUGUGUUGUUUGGGAAUCUUUCGUGGCGGGAAAGCCUGACUGCAGAAAAGUCUUCAAAGUGCAUUUCUGACAUCAGUAAGCACAAUUUUCUGUUGCCUAAGUUUAUUGCAAUAUAUCCAUAGGAAUUGGUGUUAAAAAACCUCUUAACAUUUGGUAAACG